AUGGCGGUCUUAUCCAGCAUCUUCUCCAUGACCAGAGCUUCAACGACUAUGGCGUCUCUGACCAACGACUCACCUUCUCCUCUUCCUCCGUCGAAACCUACAAAGAAACCAACGAGAAUCAGCCAAACAUCCGGAAGUCAAAAUCAGCAAUUACGGAAACAACGGAGAGGGAAGAAGCCGUCAAUAGCUCAGAUCGAGCGAGCAUUUGGCGCUGGAUCAUAUCGUGAUUCCGAAGGGGAAAUGGAUAUGAAUACGGUGUUCGACGAGCUUCUCUUAGGUCACGCCAAUAAAUUCGAAGGAAAAUUGGAGAAGAAGCUACGAGAGAUCGGCGAAAUCUUUGUUGAUCGGACCGAGUCUAAGUUUCGUUCCUCCGGCAAACCGGUUUUGAUGUUUACAAUCCAAUGGAUUCUUCCGGUAUGGAUUUUGUGUCUGCUUUUAGCUUGUGGAGUUAUCAAACUUCCCUUUAGCCUCCCAUUACUUGAUGACUUGAUCUUGUGA